ACCGGCAGCACCCCCGGCGGCGGCAGGGCAGGAUGGGGGGCGGCCCGCGGCGGCCCGGGGCGCUCCCGCUGCUGGCGCUGGCGCUGCUGGCGGCGCAGGGCGGAGCGGCGCCCCUGCAGCCCGGCGGGACCCCCGCGCUCACCAAGAUCUACCCCCGCGGCAGCCACUGGGCUGUGGGACAUUUAAUGGGAAAAAAGAGCACUGGAGAUUUUCCUUAUGGUUUUGAAGAAGAAAACAAAACACCAUUUUCAGCAUUACCUGACAAUGUCAAGCAGCUGGAAGACUAUCUGCAGUGGGAAGAAAUCUCAAAAUAUUUGCUACGGCUGCUGGAAAGGAACGAAAAUAAAAGCGCUCACUUUUUAAAAGGAGGGCUUCCCUGGUACACCAGGAACACCUGGGAGACAGAUGACAAUAGCAGCUGGAAAGAUAUGAUGGACUAUCUGCUUCAAGUUGUGAAUAUGAAAGAGAGCACUCCAAGCUGAAAGAAGGUCUCUAAAUCACGAAGAAAUUGAAUACUUGCUGUAAGAGACUAUAUUUCACAAGCACUUGAUUGUAUCAGAUAAUCAACAAGGUCUCUUUUCUGUACACAAGAAUUCCUUUGUGUAAAAUACCUAAAUACACAUAUUCUUGUAUGUUUCAGCA